AUGCUUUCAAUAAUUCGCGUGUUUGAACCUCAACCACCACGCGUGCUCCUCAAGAUAGCACAAAUGGAUAACUCGGAUUUUUCAGAUCCUUUCGAUGAUGCUGGCUUACUCGAACAAGCUGACUUGAUUGAAUCUAGAUACAACCAGGAUCGGCAGAAGCAGCAACAGCAUUUACAUUUAGCUCAGCGUAUAGAAAUGGAUAACACUAUAGAUUAUGGUGACGACUUCAAUUCACCUAUCAUUAUCGACGAUGAAGCGAUGGAGCAGCUUGAUAGAAUAGAGAACACAUCUUACAAUGCAGCUCCAACAUCACAAAAUCUAACACAACAAAGGCUCUGGGGCGCACCUCCACCACCUGCUGUCCGAUCUGCACCCCGACCUGUAAUGGUACAGAAAGAGCAUACUGGUGCCAGGAAGCAAUGGGAUUACGCCACGAUGUCGAUGUCCAGUAAAAGAAGGAAACAGAAGGCGCAAGCUGAAGAAGAUGGUGAUAUGAUCAUUGAGGAUAAUCCAAUAGAGUUCGAACAAUUCCCGUCUUCGCGAUCUGAUGACAUCCGUAGUCCUUUACCUGCAAUGAAGCACCACUGUGACACACAAGCAAUCAAAAGGUGGAUAUAUCCAACAAAUUAUCCUAUUAGAGAUUAUCAGUUCGAUAUAACUACUCAAUGUUUGUUCCAGAACACUUUAGUAGCACUUCCAACGGGUCUCGGUAAAACCUUGAUUGCUGGUGUCGUUAUUAUGAACUAUUACAAGUGGUUCCCUACUGCUAAAGUUGUCUUCUUGGCACCCACAAAACCACUCGUUGACCAGCAAGCCAAGGCAUGUCACGAUGUUUGUGGUAUUCCUCAAGCUGAUGUAGCUGUGUUGUACGGCGAUGUACCCCAACAUAAACGCGAAAAUAUUAUAAAAGAGAAGAGAGUACUUUAUAUGACACCACAGACACUUAACAAUGACUUACAAAAAGGGGUAUGCGAUCCGCAAGAUCUUGUAUUGAUUGUCAUAGAUGAAGCUCAUAAAAGUCAAGGUGAUUUUUCCUAUUGUUCAGUAGUUAGACAUAUGAUGUCUACAAAUCCUCAUUUCAGAGUAUUGGCAUUAACUGCUACUCCUGGAAAUACACCUGAACAGGUUCAGCCAAUCAUUGACAAUUUACAUAUCAGUAAUAUUGCCAUUCGUAAUGAUUCAUCUCCAGAUAUCAAGCAGUAUAUACACAAGAAAUUCUUUGAAGAGCAUCUUAUUGAUAUGGACUACUUUACCGAUGAUCUUUGUGUGCAAUGGGAGCGUAUCGUGAAGCGCACGAUAGAACCAUUAGUUCAAAAGGAUAUGCUACCAGAACACAUACUGAACAGACUGAGGCGAAUUCAUCCAUAUCAGAUUGAUUCACUUCGUCCAAGGAUACUUCCUCAUCAAGGUUAUUUACAUGGAACUAUCACUAAGGCUUCCGAAGCACAAGUACAGAGUAUUGAGCUGUUCUAUAAGAAUUUACAAGAUAUUAAUGGCAAAAAGACGAAGCCAGAGCCAGAAACCAAGAAAACUAUAGAAAAAUUACUAUUAGAAAUAGACAUCGAGCGAAAUAAACGCGGUGGUAAUCUUAGCCAUCCAAAAAUGGACAAAGUACAAUCACUGCUUUUGGAUCAUUUCACUAACUUUUCGAAUGGUAACACUGAGACUAGAGCUAUAGUGUUCAUUUCACUCAGAGACACCGUUGAAGAAGUCGUUGAUCAAAUCAACACAAAUUCACCAAUCCUCAGGGCUAGUGCAUUUGUAGGACAAUCAUCCGCCAAAGGAAAGAAAGGUUUGAAUCAAAAGCAACAACAAAAGGUUAUGAAUGAUUACAAAGCGGGAACCUUCAAUGUGUUGGUUUCAACAUCAAUUGGUGAAGAAGGUUUAGAUAUUGGUGAUAUAGAUCUCACUAUUACUUACGAUCCUGGCAAGAGUUCAAUAAGUAUGCUUCAAAAGAUCGGUCGUACAGGUAGAAAACGUCAAGGACACGUACAUACUCUAAUGGCUGCAGGUAUUGAAGAAAAGAAUUGGGAGGAUGCUCAAAUUAGGCAUCAAGAUGUUCAAGCUUACAUCGUCUCUGGUGACCAAGUUGCAUUGUACGAUGAUGUCAAACGUCUAGUCCCUGAAGACGUUGAACCUGAAUGUGAAAAGAGACAUGUUCAAGUAGAGGAAUGGGAAAAUCUUGGUAAAAAGGAUAUUAAAGAUAAACUAAGUGAUGCUGCAGAUAUUCGUAGUUUUGCUACAAAAUCAAAACGUAAAAGGAAUGAUGAUCCUCUACGGAAUGUACCAAAGGAAGCUGCUUCAGGGUUCGUCAAUGCUGGUGAAUUAGUCGAAAAGAAAGAAUCAGUUGCUAUGGAUAUAGAAUCUGACUCAGAGGAUGAGGCUUUGCAGAAUGGAAUGUUAGAUUUACAAUCUCAAGCAAGUCAGCCUCUUAAUCUUGAACCAACAGGCCCAACUUCUAGAAGAAACAAAAAAGUUAAGGGUAAACCUGGUCAGCUUCUACAAAGGCAACCUAGUCAAGCCCUAAGAAGACAGGCCAGUCAGUCAAACAGGGGCAUACCUUCUGUUGCAGCUUUAUCUAAGACUUUAUCAUUGCGUACUCACUCCAUAACGCUUCAUGAUGACGAAGAAGAAGUAGAAUCGCCAAAAGCUACACAAACAUCAAAAAGGAUGCGCACAAGGUCACCAACACCAACUUCCCCAACCUCAUCUCCAGUGUUGGUUUUAAAUAAGCCACCUAUAUUGAAAUCACCAUCUGAACCACCUUUUGGAAGCAAGGUACGACAGAAGAAAGGUUUCAAAGCGCCAAGGAUAUUAAAUGAAGAAUCACCGAUUAUAGAUUUAGAACCUGAACCAGUUGAAAGUCCAGUUGUUGUAUCAGGCAGGGAGAAUAAAUCUAAAAAUAAGGACAAUGAGACUUUCAAAACGCCUGCAAGACCUAUUAAAAAGAAUGCAAAUAAUAGUUGCAUGUCAAUUGACUCUUCGCCGCUCGUCGUUAAUAACACACGGAUGAAUACUAAGGAGAACACAUAUAUCAAACCCUUCCAUUUUGAUCCAAAAUCAAUUCUGAAGGUAGCAUCACCAGAUCAAUCGCAAUUAGUUAGAAGACCUGGUCAAAGUUAUGUAGCACCUCGUACUACAGGAAAACCUAUAAUUUCAUCUUCACCGCGUGGUACUCCCUACCAUCCUUUCAAACGUCUCAGGCAGAGAUCUUCAUCUAAUCCAUCACCUAUGGCGCCUCAGCCGAAGGUUAAACGGAGCAGAUUGAUGAUGAAACAAGGAGAAUAUAUUGAUGCUGACGCUCAAGUAUCAGAAACUGAAGAUGUUUCAGGAGACGAAAGGUCCAGCGAGAUCGAAGUUUUAUCUGAAGGGGAUAUUGAUUUCUUAGCCGCUGAUCAGAGUCAAUUUUCUGACGCGGGAAGUGAUUAUAAUCAACAAGCUGCAUAUGUUAUGGGGUUAGCAACUCAAGCACCAAAUUCUGGUCCUCAAUUUGAUAGAGGUCCAAUAAGAAAUCCUACAGGCUUUAAAUUAGGUUCGAAGGAAGUUGCGCAUAGACCAAUGCUCUUAUCUAGUAGCCCAAAUGGUGUCGAUCCAGAUGAUACAUACGAUUAUGAAGAUGGCUUUGUCCUUGUUUAUGAAAAAGUGAUAUUUGAUAACAACUUGAAUAAUCACUAUCAAGUGAUGGAAGAAAACAUUCCAAUGGCUGAAGAGGCCAGUGUAGUAGAAGAAGUAAAGGUUGAUAACGCAGAAGUGGAAGAAAGAAAUCCAUUUGAUCAAUUUACGAGCUUUGCACAAAAUUUAAAAGAAGAUCAUACACGACUUCAGGAAGAGAAUAAGAGAUUGUUGGAAUUAAUAGAUAAUUCUAACCGUCGAGAAAGAGGUUUAGUAGAAGAUAAUGACUUUCUAAGACAGCAAUAUAAACAAUCAUCAGAAGCUGCUUUUAAUUUAAGUAAAGAAAACCAAGAGCAAAGUAAUAAAAUUCAACUAUUAGAAAAUCAAUUAACCAUUGGUUUAUCUGCUAGAGAGAACUUUCAAAUUAAUACUUUAAAUGAAAUGUCAAAAAGAUUAGAAGUACUAAAAUCUCAAAGGCAGUUAGAUUUAGAGAGUAACGAACGUAGUCAAGAGUCAAAUACAAGAGAGCGUGCUGGAAUGUAUACCGAAUUACGCUCACAAUAUGAAGAUCUUAGAAAGGAAUACAUGAGUUAUGUUUCUCUUACUAAACUUCAAUUAGAACAACGCGAUCAAAGAUCUAAUCAACUUGAAUUACGUAUUCAAGAUUUAGAGAAAUUAACAAAUCAAUGA